AUGAAGUUCACCUUCACAACCAUCACAGCGCUCAUCGCGCCCAUCCUCGGCCAAAGCAUUACGCCUGCUUUUACAUCAACUGAUCCAUGGUAUGGUUCCGGUCCACCAUGGGCAUCCUCCGACCCAGGAAAAUGGUCUUCAAUCUAUGAAUCCCUCCUCUCAGCCGGGAAGAUCCCAUCGACUCUGACCGCUGCACCCUGGCCAACUGGUAGUUACGGACCAGGCCAAGGACCCUGGGGACCAGGUGGACCGCAUGGCCCUGGAGGACCGGGAAGACACUGGGGAGGCCCAGACGGUCCCGGCCCCUGGGGCUCCUCCAACUUCGGUCCCUACAGCGACUGGUCCACACGCUCAGACUGGCGGUCAGGCCCCUGGACCGCAUGGUGGGACGGCAGCGCGUGUCCGCCAUCCGACUGGCCUGGCUGGACAGCAGGGCCCUGGAGCAGUUCUGCGCCCUGGACCAGCUGGAGUGGGUGCGAGGCUAGUACGACGGCGACGAGUGUUGUUACUACGACGGUCAGUGGGAGUCUGGUUACGACGACGGCGUAUGGGUUGCAGGUUAAUGCUGCGAGUGGGAGUGGGGGUGUUAGUGAUACUGGGGACGCGGGGAGUGGAGCAAAGGGGAGGGGGACGGUGGGGAUGGGGAGUUUUGGCGCGCUUGUGGGGUUGGGGAUGGGUGUUGUUGUGGGGUUGUGA